CUUCUAUUCAGUUUCUUCAUGUCCGUCUGGUCAGUUACAUUCUUAGAAUAUUGGAAAAGAUAUAACGCCACAUUGUCAUAUCGGUGGGACUGCUUGGAAUUUACUGAAAUCGAGGUGAGCUUUCCUAUCAUUGGGCAAAUUUCCCUUGUGAUCUAAUGGUAUUCUUAGUUUUUCUUUGUCCAUAAAAAUUCCAUGGAGCCAUCUAGCAUUUGCUAGAAAAUAGAUACCUUGUAAAAUGUCUGGGUUACACAGUCUGUUUCUCCACCACUCCAGAUGUUUGACAUAUUAGUCGACUACUAUCUUACUCCAGCCAAAAACUAUCCAGCUUCAAAAAAAGGAGGAUUUUAUAUGAUUCUGGGCCUUUAUUUGUUAUUAUUGAUCAGUGUGCAGAUAAUACUUGAAGAUGUGCACUGUGAAUUGGCCUGCUUGAUGUUCUUUUUCAAUGAAAUCGUGUUAAAUCGGCAUCAUCUUUCCUUAAAAGGUUACUCAAUGUAUCAUAAAAACUACAGCCCGCUAUUGUGGUUUUGAUGCUAGGAGUACCCUAGCCUGGUUCCCCAGUAAUCUGGCAGCCGGUUUAGCAAAGGUUUGACCUCUUACCUGGGUCCCUGUUGGGCUCUGAGACUCCUUGGUGGCCUAAUGAUGCGCUUAAAGUGGAACUGUCACGCCUUCCUUACCUUUUCCCUAUCACUUCCUGUUCCCUUUCUCUUUUCUACUCUUUCUUUCAUUUUUCACCUAACUCUAACUAAAAACACAAGACAAAGUAGGGACUAAUUUGUCUCAGUAUUCCUUCUACGUCUGACCCUUCUAGACACUGGACGGAGCUACCGCUGUCUAGAAGUGUCAAUCCCCCUGCCGUCACCAGUAAUGGCCAACGGUCUCCUGGCAUCCUCCAUAGACCUCUUGUGUAGUUAAUGCGCAGCUAGGAAGGACCUGCCAGAAGAAGACGAUGCCAACAAGGGAAAGGUUCCAGUAAGUAGAACUCACUUUAAAGGAACACUAUAGGGUCAGGAGCACGAAUGUGUUUUCCUGACCCUAUAGUGUUGAAAAUGCAGUUUAGGCCCCUGGCCUCUCUUUCCGCCCUUAAAAAUUGUUAAAACUCACCUUUAUUCCAGCGCCGCGUGGAUCCGCUGGCGCUUGCUUAGCCCCUGUGGUUAGAGCAUCAGCUGAAGGCCUAGCUCAGGAGAGCUAAUAAAAGCUCCUUCUUAGGAACCGCUAGUUCUUGGGGGGGAAGUGUGGGGGGCAAGCACUACUGGCACCAAAACCACUACAGCAAGCAGUGAUUCUGGUGCUUAGAGUGUUCCUUUAAUUAUAGGUGCAGUUUCUGUAGUGCUUUACAAUUCUACAUAGUGACAAAUAACUGAGACACAGAAUAAAGUUUACAGACACGAGGUGAAAAGCAAUAAAAGUAUGAAUUGUCUUGGUUGAAAAAAUAUAUAAAAAUAACUAAAGCCCAUCAGGUUGAACCUUAAACCCAUUCUUUUAUGCUGUGGAUCCUAAUGAAUGUUGAAUUUCAGAGAAUAUUUUAUAACAGAUUAAAAAAUCCUUUAAUCUACUUUGUAGUUUUUUUUUUUUUUUUUUUGGUUUCUGCAAAUAUGUUCAGGGCCCUCUUUAACAUUGAUUGGACCCUGGGCAAGCAUUUGCUUUGGCCCCUUGGAUCUUGCCCUUCCCCUCCACACUCUUCCACCCCCUGGCAUGCAUUCAUGCCCUCCACCCCAACACAGUGGCAGAACUAAUGUAGAGAUGGCCCUGGUGCAACACAUUUUUUGGGCCUCCCAAAUGGAGAAAAGAUAGAUCCUCAUCUGCUGUACAAUUCCCACGAUGCUAUGCCAGCUGGGGCUCUACCAUUUGGCCAUUCUUGCAGGGCUGUAUUUGUGAGCAGUGUUUGUACAUUUGAAUGUGAGCAUGUUGUUGUAUAGAGUAUGUGUGUGCAUGUAGGGUGUAGUAUUGGUGUUAGAGUGAAGGGGUGUGUUUAUAUAUACUUUUUGAGUUUAAUUCAGGGGUGUGUUUGCAUGUAAUGUUUGUGUUUGCAGGGAUGUGUUUGCAUGUUGUGUUUGAUUGCUGGCAUGUAUGACAUACAUUCAGAUAUCCAUACACAUUAGCACACUGAUACAUGCACAUAUCUGGACACAUACACAGACUGACACAAAGAGACUGGCGUAUAUACACACACACAGAUAAAAACACUGGCACAUACACACACAGAGAUACACAAUUACACACACUGACACAGAUCUGUACACACGAAGAUACACACAAACACACUGGUACACAUGCAGGGGUGUAUUUGUGCACAGUGUUGGUGUAGGAAAGCUUGGAUGUAUGCAUUGCCACACAGAUGCACACUUACACAAACACUGAGAUACAUACAAGAACACAGAUACACAUGGAGUGGUGUAUUUGUGUGCAGUGUUAGCGUUGGAAUGUAGUAGUGUGUAUGUGUGCAGUGUUGGUACUGGAAUGGUGGAAUGUAUGCAUCGCCACAUGCAUAGAUACACACUUACACAAACUGACACUCAUACACACAAGGUACACAUACAAACUGAUACACAAGUAUUCAUACACCUAGAUACACAAACACUGACACCAAGGUACACAUACACUGACACGGUGGGCUGUUCAGUCCUGGUUGCGGGCAGGAGGCCCACGGGGCAGCUGCUUUGGGCCCCCCAUGAGUUAUUGGGCCCGGGGCAGAUCCCCCGUUUGCCCCUUGUCAAAGACGGCCCUGAAUAUGUUUAAUGGCAGAAAAGGACAAGAUUUAAAGUGAUGAUUGACAUAAAGCCAAGAGCCCAAUUCUGGAAUAGAUGUGUGGAUUUCUACAUAUUAACCUCACAAAAAAUUUUUUUUAAACACAGGGAAUAAGUAAAGAUUAGAUUAUAAAUACUGGGUAGUAAAAGUUCCCCUUUAUGUCAGCUCAAUGUCUAAUUUAUUGUUAUGUAACCAGUUUUUAAGUUAACAGUCUUAUCUUGUUGUUGUGUUAGACACUCAGUCAGUAUUACUGAUCCAUUGUAGUUCUGUUCCAGGAACCACCACGGCCUGAGUUCACGGCAUUAGCCCCUCUCACAAUCCUGAAUCCCAUCACCAAGAUGGAAGAGCCAUAUUUCCCAAAAACUCGACAAUUGCGUAGAGUCUUGGCAGGAUCCAUGGUCAUCGUACUAAUGGUGGGAACAUAUUUUGUCUUCUUCUCAUUAUCAUUAUCCAUCUGUGAAAUUUGUCUUGAUUACUUACAAUAUGAAUCCAGUACUUUUCUCACUUCAAAAUUAUAAACAAAUAAAGUGCAAUAGUUGGGGUGUUAAAGUUAAGACUUUGACUUCUGGACCAACCCGGACCAACACUAUGUUAGUGAGACCCAAAGGAUCAAGAUUGAACAGUCCAUAGUUGGUGAAUAGUCCGUUUUACAACUCAUUCUUAGAAUAUAAAACGGUGUUUUCAAUAAUGUUCCAUUGCUAAGGGUGCCUACAGAAAUGCAGUUUGAAGUCUGACACACGAUGCCUGCCUGUACUCAUUUAUACGUCAAGCUGGAAAAUUGUGGAAAUGUGAUUUCUCAGAAUGACUUUACCCAAGACAGACAUUACCGAAGGUCCUGCUUGGAGCAUGUAGAAUGUAGAUGGUGUGCACCGUGAAUUGCAUAUAUUUUGUGAGAAAUGUGUUGAAGUUAAGGCACUUUUAAAUGGGUGAUCUAACUUCUCCAUCCAAUUAUUUUUCUUCUUUUACAGAUAGCCAUUGUCAUCAUAUUCCUAAUAUCUGUCAUCUUAUACCGUAUCAUCAUCUUUUUGGUGGUGGUCAAAUCAGGAAUGAUCUAUUCAUCUGUGAGUUCCUGCCAUUUUAUUAAUAUGUUUAACACAAGGUAUUUAGCAGUAAUUUAACUUGCUAAUGAGUUUAACACGUGUUCAGUGGAAUUGUUGCCAUUUUGAUCAUAACCGCAUUGACCACCACUAUCAAAUGAAUCACCAAAUUCAGAUUAGUGAUUUAGGUUUGGGAAUAAGACAAGGGGGUUAAAGAUGGGGUGUGAGUUAAAGGUCUGAGAUGAACUACAACCUAAAAUACAUACGAACACUAUAGCUGGAGAGGAGAAAUGAAUAAGACACCAAAGCAGUCCACUAAAUGCCCUUUAAACAACCAUGUGUCCUCCCAUGUCUGAUGGUUUGAAGAAACUGAUUUAAUCUAUUUCUGCCAUCUCCUCAUAAAAUCAAAUUGAAUAUUUUUAUAAAAAAUUUUUAUACACUGAUCUCAAAUAUCACAGAAUGAUUUUCACUAAGAACGUAGCAUAUGUGACUGUGUUGCUUUGAGAUGUAAAAAUUGCCUCACGUCCCAUUAACCGUGUGCAAUUUCACCAGAGAAUUGUCAGUUAUAUAAAUUAAAUGAAAGUUUGGGUUUAAAUUCCAUUGUCCACAUGUAUAACAAACUAUAUUUUGCGUAAACAAUACUAUAUAUUAUCAUCUAUAACAGAAGUGUCACUCAUUUGUUCUGGAAGGCCAAAUUAUCACCUGAAAUAGGUCUGGAGGACCGAAUUAAUACAAUUUCUAUAUACACAAGCUUGAGAUAGGUAGCUACGAUAACCGAAACAUUGCGUUUUUGCUUCCUUUAACUAAAGCCACAAACCAUCUUUAUAGUGCCUGGUACCCUUCUAUUUCUUCAAUUCUCUAAAUGGAGUUAAUUACUGUUUUGGUCCCAUUAGCACCCUUUUGUUCUACAGAAGCCUAAUCAUCAUAUCGUGAGUGCAACUCCCAUAUAGGUUUCUUGCUACUGACCGAGAUACAGAAGCACAGAGAGUCACUGACAUAAGCACUAACAUAAACAAAGACAUUGACAGUGGCACACAAAGAAUGACAAGGACACUGACAUAGAGACUGAAAGACACACACAGACAACGGCAGAGAUCCUGACAGACCCAGCAAAAGCAAUUACAUAGGCCCUAAAAGAGAUGCAGAGUCAUUGACCGACUUUACAUAUAUGCCAAAAUAGACACACACACCAAAACACACAGUGACAAAGACAUUGACAAAACAUACACAAAGGCAGUAGCAAGAAACCUACACAGAGACCCUUCACUCACUGACACACACACACUUACACAAACGUUCACCCCCCACACGUGCACUGACAUACUAAGUGACACAUAUCUUGAUCGCCUUCCAAACACUGGCACACUCAUACUGACACAGAUCCUGAACACCCACAAACUAACACAUAUCUUGACCGACACACACAUUUUGACACAGACUGUGCCCCCCUCCCACAAACACACACAUUCUUCGGCAUUGCUUACAGUGAUGGUGUGGCUUUUUGCUUUGCUGUAGGUCCAGGUGGCAAGUGGAGCUCAUAAUGAGGAACCCUGGCUCUUUAAUGCUGCUUUCCCUGUGUAGCCAAGUGCAGCAACAUGUGGAGGCCAGGCAGAUUCCUAUGUUCCAUGCCUCUCUUUGAUUAAAAUUUGGGGCGCUGGGCUUGCUCACCCUACAGAAUGUCUUGCUACCACACUGGCAGUGGGUCCCUAAAUCUAUUGGCACACCAAGUCACAGGGUGCCCAACACAUUCUUUGACUUGGGCCAAAUUCAUGGGGUCCGUGAAACAUAUGUUUGAUGACCCUGAUCUAUAGCUUGUCACUUUUACUGUUAAUACUGAUUUAACUUCUGAUUAACAUAUUCUUAUUAUUGCUCAUUUUAUCCCAUAGGCCAGUCUUAUUACCAGCGUCUCAUCCUCUGUGCUUAGUUUGAUCAUAACCCUCAUUCUCUCCAGAAUUUAUGUAUCUCUGGCUCACUUUUUGACUCAAUGGGGUGAGUGAUCCAACGUGGGCAAUACGAUAUGUAUCAUUACCCAACAUUUCUAUGAUAACUCUGAUUAGUGGAAUGCAUUUAUAUGGUAUUAUGAAUUCCUCAAUAUUGGUGAAAACAAAGCAGCCCAUAGAUUUAUUCAGCAACUUGGCAAUUAGAAUUCCAUAUAUUAGGCCAAAAUGUCCAACUCUGCUAUUUUUCUAUGUAAACUAUUUGGUGUAAAAUUUUCCUGAUGAAUUCCUGAAAAUUUCUGGUUUAGGGAGUAACACAAAAUUAUGAAAGUCCUAAAAUCUUAAACAUAUAGUCAAAAAGUAUCAGGGGACACCGGCUCCGGUACUGACCUGCCUAUAAAUGUCUGUAAUAUUAACUUUUAUUGUUAAGUGACUGAGCUUCAUGGGAAAUGUAGUCAACCUUUAAAAGCAAAUCCAAACUUUAACCAUUACUGUGCCAUGGCGUGCAGAAUGGAUUUCCUGAUGCUUCUUCCUAAUCGCUCUUUUUUACCUUCCAGAGAUGCACCGAACUGAGACUCAAUAUGAAGAUGCUUUCACCUUCAAAGUCUUCAUAUUUGAGUUUGUUAAUUAUUAUUCCACUCCAAUUUACAUUGCAUUUCUUAAAGGCAGGUAAGUUAACUAAAAGUCAAGGGGGCUGUACUUUGAAGCUUACACUCUGUACAUCUAACAUGCAUGUGACAAAAUGGCUUCCUUUCUGCUAAGAGGUAUUUUGUCAAUGUUUAUGUCCUUUUAUAAAGGGCCAAUUUUAUAGUAAAUUAUGUGCAAAGUCAGUCACUGAUUUUUUUUCAGAUUGGCAGAGAUAGAUGGUUAACUACCAGCUCCCCAAUUCUGCCCAGUAUUCCAGUCUAUUUUAUAUGAGUUGUUCAAUAUAGAGAAAGGACAUGAAGAUUAAUUACAAAAUGAAUGAGUGUUUUCUGUGUUGGGCAACAAACCGAACCUUUUGUAUUCAUACGUGGUAGCAAGGGCUGAUCCAGAACCCAAUCUCAGGAGGGGCAAUAGAGCAGGAUUGAAAAUCCCUAAACUCCGUCUUGUAGUGAAUUCAAUUCAGCAUGGCAAAAAAGCUGAUUUUGAGAGUUUCACAACUCUGCUACUGUCACAACUUGGCUCUUUCAGCCUUCCUUUUGCCUUCUGGAUUUAAAUUCACUAAAGUUUGGACCCUAUGUGUGUGUAUGAAUGUAGGGGUGUGUGUGUGUGUAUAUAUAUGUAUAUAUAUAUGGCAUUUAUGUAUAUUAAUGCAGGAGUGUAUAUGUGUGGAAUGACAAUGUAAAAAUAUAGACAUGCGCUGGUAGUGUAUUUUUCCACAUCUACCCCUUUGAAUAUCUCUCCAUCUAACACUAGUCUUUAUCUCUCCUUCACUUGUCUAUUUCCUUCCACCACCUGUGUUCCUCUGCCUCUGUUCCCCUUCCUCCUCUUGUGUCCUUCUGCAUAUACAGUUUCUCUCUUUCCCCUAUGUCUAUUGCCUCAGCCUAUACACCCCCCUUUCUCCCACUUGUAUUACUAGUUAAAUAACCCCUUUGCCCUAUUUGAGUCCCUCUGCAUAAACAUGUGUCCUACUGCCUAUAAUUCUUCCCUUACUUGUGUCCAUCUAACUAUACCCGUACCUAUCUGCCCAUACCCACUUAUUACCAGCCAAGAAAUUAUCGAGACUGCGUCAGCAAGAUGGACAUCCUUAGUGUUUCGACCCUCUCCCCCUCCCCAUUUCUUAUUCCAAUAGCUGCAACCAAUCAUUCACAGAUAAAGGGACAGCGAUGUCAUUGAGAUGUCAUUUGUUUCUUUGUCUUUUCAAAUUGCUUAGUCCUCACUUUCUUUUAAAAAAAACAAAAAACAUUUGUGGUGAAUUUAUCAGGCUAGAUUAAAGUGCUGUUUGUGUAAUAGAUGUUUAACAAAAUGUCUCCACUUCUCCUAGUGGUCUCUUGUAUCAAGAUAGGAUAUGCUAUAUGGUUAGUAUUUGUUCUUUGGCACAUUUUAUUUAAUCCUGAUCAUGCAACGGACCUCAAAAAAAAAAUGUUUACAGUCAGCCUGUGUGUGAGGGUUAAGUAGAAAUUGCCUUUACCCUACUAGUUGUUACAGUCUUAUUUAUCUACUUAUCUUUAUAUACGUAUUAUUUAACGUAUUUAUUUUCAGUGGUCAUUGGACGAUAGGAAGUAAUGGUUUAUUGUGCCAUGUAUUAUUAUGAGGUGUUAUAUAUUGUAUCUGAUGUUGUAUUAUUUUACACUGAAGUCCAUUAUUCAGUUGUAAAUGCCUUUUCUCCGUAGAUUUUUGGGGUAUCCCGGUAAUGAAACUACAAUUUUCCGAUAUCGGAAUGAAAAUGUGAGUAUUAAAGGAACACUUUUAGUCCCCUAAAGCACUUCAGCUUUUAUUCUUUAGUCUUUGACGUGGCCUUCUACCCUUCUUUUAACAAAACCAAACUGGUCAUUUCUGUACAUAUUGAUGGGUACUAUAGAAAAGGAACCCGGUAAAGUCUACUUUCCCAACUAUUUUGAACUACAACUUACAAAAGUCCAACAACCAUAGCCCGGCAGAAUUAUGUAGGUCAACACUAGUUGAAGUGGUUACAGUUUGACCCACCUGAUGUAGUGAUGAUGUCCUUGUUAGCUAAUGAAAUACACAUAUUAGUUGAAAAGUUUGAGAUUACUAACUUUUUGAAGAGUGCUCAGGCCAUAUCUUUCCUUCUGAAUAGCAACUUCAAUUUAUAUGUCUCUGUUAGUCCUCUCUGUUUCUUAUCCCCCUUUUGUGGGCAGUUGUUCUACUGUGUCUCUCCUGUCUCCCAUUUAGGUCCUGACAUGCAUGACUUCUGAGUCUCUCCCAUAUCAUGAAGGUAGUUAGGUUAGCUUUCUUUCUCGGAGCCACGCAUGCCAGAGAGUUAAGGGCUUUUAAGAAUUCUUCAGCAGAUUCUUCUCAUGUUCAAACUCUACUUGGGAAAUAUAUGCGUAUUUUGAAAAAUUGAGCAAUCAUAAAUUAAAUGUUAACCCCUUAAGGACACAACUUCUGGAAUAACAUGGAAUCAUGACGGAAUAUUUCCGUCAUGUGUCCUUAAGGGGUUAAUGCCGAUUGCACUGUUUUUCAUGGUAAUUGCCCCCCCCUUUUUUUUAGAAUGUUACCCCAUGUUUCAGAACACAACAAAGAGAUAUAUCUCAUCUAUUGCUUUGUACAAAGUAGGGAGAUGAUGAAACUGAUAUAAAAUUCAGGCUAGAACUGCAGGUUUGCCCAUUUCUCAACACCAGCCCUGUCUCUUUCACAGUGUAAACCUGGAGGGUGCCUCAUUGAACUGGCUCAGCAGAUGCUAAUUAUUAUGGUUGGGAAACAAGUUCUUAACAACAUUAAAGAAUUUCUGUUUCCGUGAGUAUACUGAGUUUAUCAUUAAAUUUGUUCUAAGCACCAACAGGUCAGUGCCCUAAAUGUCUUAAAACCUCUAAUUCAUAAUGUUACUUUUAAAAUGGCUCUUUAUGAUGACACUUUGCAUUGUAAUUUAGGAUUAGAAGAUGAAUUUACAAGUUUCAUUUAAUACUCUUCAUAGUUCAUUAAAACAAGAACCGCUACAUAUUUGUGAAAAUCCCUCAUUUGCUGGAAAUGUGGGAGCGGACUGUCCUCCGUGACAUUUCGAAUUCUCCCAUGUGUUUUUCUGCCCAUUGGGAGAUCUGUAUUUUCCCAUAAAUCUCAGCUAUUUGAGAGAAACAUACAGUAGCCAUUGUGAAGCCAUGUUUUCUGUAUGUAUCCAUAUGCAACCAUAUGAGAAAAGAAGUGGGUACCUACUGAAGUGUUUAUUAUUUAUAAGGAGUAAGUUUUUGUAGAAUCUACUCCACAGCACUAGUUACCAUAAAAAGUACAACACAUACCACGUUUCCUAGUCCUUUCUCUUUCUUCCUAUUGGAAAAGAGUGGCACAAUUACAGGACUUUUUUGUUGCGAGUGGGGGGAAAACAAACAAACACGUGCAUCUGCCAUCAUGAGGAAAAAACAUGAUUCAAUGAAACAGUCUUGUACAUCUUGGGUCCUUGGAGUUUCUCUUACUAAUAUACUUAUAGUAUAAUUUCCAUGAUACUAUAAAUGGGGGAAUCUACACGCAUUGAAAUUUGGUGCCACAGAUUCUUAUGGCCAGGGAUGUUUAGCAUGACUCAGACAUAUCUUAACAUUCAUUCUUACAUGGAUGGUCAUCGUAACCUGGACAUGUCAUAGAAUGUGCGUGGAACAUAAUCAGGUCUCUGAUCUCAAGGCUCCAAAUUUUGUAUUCCCACUGUAUAAUAUAUGACGUAGGUGGUUCUCUAAUUUGUGUCUAUAGCAUUGCAUAUCAUGUGUUGGGGGCAUAGAACUGUUGCAAUGCUGUGUCAUUGAAGGAGAAAUUGCAAACUAACCAAUCUGGGAAAGAGUUGAGUUGGAGAAUGUUUUCAACUUGUCUAAAAUUUGCAAUUCCGUUAGGGAAUAACUGUUACCUCUAGUAAUAUAAUCCACAUUCAUUAUUUCUCUUCCAGGAAGUUGGAGCUCUGCUGGCACAGGAUGACACUGAGCUCUAAUAAGGACCAGAAGAAUGAGCAGAUAAAUCCAUGGGAGAGGGAUUACCAGAUGAUUACCUAUAAGGGACUGUUUGAUGAGUACUUGGAAAUGGGUGAGAGGUUUCCCGUAUAUCCUCACUGGAUAAUUACCCUUCUUGGUCUUCAUUGUUCAUUACUUUUAAACCAGACUUAUACUAAUAUAUGUCUGAAUAUUACUUAGUAUUUAUAAAACUAUAGAAGUGUUUGCAUCAGGGUUGGCUAAUAGUUACUCUUGCUUUGUGUGUAUGCCAACCGCCUAGGUUCCAGGGAUUAGCCGUGGCCCCAGAACCAUCAAUUGCAUGGCCCCAUUAACCAUCCAUAUGUGAAGAAUGAAAGGGAGGAGGGCCCAAACUGGUAACCUACUCAGAGCCCAUGGUCCUUUUCUGGACAUACAAGGAUGUUCAAUCUACCUACACCAGGGGUAGGCAACCUUCGGCACUCCAGAUGUUGUGGACCACAUGUCCAAUAAUGCUCUUAUAGCCAUAAUGCUGUCAAAGCAUCAGGAAAGAUCUAUACAACACAUAGAUAGCAACACUGCUACACAAUGAAGAUAGUCCUAGCCAACCAAAUCCUGAUUUUCUGUCCAGUCACCCUUGAGUAUGCAAAAUCCUGUAGGUGUCACUGUUUAUGGAAUUGUAUGUCCCAACCUCCUGUGUGCCCUUGAAGUAUUGAUGCUUGUUAAAAUCCUGUUUAGUUUUUUUGUUGUUGUUUAGGAAAGAUAAAACCUGCAUUGUCCAGAAGGGCCUUUAAUAUAGAUGUUGAGGGUCAUUCAUUGAAUGUUGGGUUGGGCUGUAAUAUCCAUCAGAACUGGUUUAGUUAAGAGAUGUCAAGGAACAGAAGGCCAAUUGAAUUGCAACCUAACUCAUUCUUUGCCAUCAGCUAAACUUGUGAAUUUAACUAGAGAGUUAGGUUUUCACCUUUUCUUUGACAGGGAUCCAAAUCAUGUAUUUGGCAUUGGGCCAGUGACCCAUUUCAAAGUGCAACGUAACUGACAAUAAAAUACAUUAAAUUGGAAUGACUAGCCUGGGGUUGACGAAUAUAUUGUACAUAUCCCUUCUAGUAGGGACUCAGUUAGGGCCAUCUUUAAUAAUUAUUGGAUCCUUGGCAAGCAUUAGCUUGGAGCCCCUAGACCCUGCCCACCCCACUCACUGGCAUGCAAUCACACCCUACACCCUAAUGCAGUGACAAUAAUAAAGUAGAGAGUCACCUAGUAAAAUGGCAAGGGGACUUAUUUUUGGAUCCCAAUUCAGGGGUAAGAAACCAUUGGUUUGUAGUGAUGUAGCUAAAUUUGUAUCAUGCUAAACACUCUAGAUGACAGACACAUGAAGUGGUCAGACACAUCAUGCACUCAAGGGUAAGCUUUGUGUUUGCUUUACAAUAAAACCGAGAAAGAGGCAUGCUUUAAACUGCAACAUAAGUGGUCAUUUUUUCCUACAAAAGUUGGGAAUUGUGGGGGUUUGCUGAAGAAUCUUAGGAGUUCCUCUGAUAGCUCUGUGCAAGGCUUGAAUCAAACUCUGGAUUGGAAAGUUACUCUUGGCAUGAUAUGUCUGGAUAAAGUCUGCUCUAUUAGGACAUAGAAAAUACUUUUUUUUUUUCUUGUCUAAAUUUAAUGGUUGCUGUCAAACAUCCUAUGAUAUUGGUGAUCCCAGUCGAAAGUUAAAGUGACUAUUUUGAGUAUGUGCUUUCUUUGGUAUCUCAUAAAUAAUUGAAAGGUUACAAUCUCAUAUUGUCAGUUUGUCCUUUAAAUUUAUCUUUCUCAGUCAUACAGUUUGGAUUCAUAACCAUAUUUGUGGCUGCCUGUCCCCUGGCCCCGCUCUUUGCCUUGCUCAACAAUUGGAUUGAGGUGCGCCUGGAUGCUAAGAAAUUUGCAUGUGAAUACCGUCGUCCAGUAGCUACACGUGCUCAAGACAUCGGAAUAUGGAUGUCCAUUCUGGAGGCCAUCACUUCUAUUGCAGUCAUUGGCAACGUGAGUAUCAUUUAUGGUUGGUUGUUUGUUUCUAAUAGGAGACCAAUAACCAGAGUGUUACCUAAAACUUCUGGGCAUUGUCACCUGAAUUUGUCAUGUGUUUUAACCCCUUAAGGACACAUGACAUGUGUGACAUGUCAUGAUUCCCUUUUAUUCCAGAAGUUUGGUCCUUAAGGGGUUUAAGGCAACUUGACAAAAAAAAUAGGGCUCUCCACGGAACCCACAGACUGCCAACUUCUCUGACACAUUGAUAGCACAGUUUAAUAGAAGUGUGAACAGUUUUGAGUUCACACUAAAUUUUUAAGUGAACUUCAAAUUUUACAGCAAUAUCACUGACCUGAAAGCAGUAUACUUAGAAAAUGUUUCCAUGUUGGCUAUUUUGAUGUUAAUUUUCCUUUCAGUUGAAUUUGAAUGCCUGACGGUUCACACGUUCGUGCACACAGCUCAGCUAACCAUAGGCCUAUAAUAUAUUGCAGGGAGAGACACAAAGAAAGUACCUAAACAGUGCAAAUGGUUAAGUAGGAAGAAACCUCAAAUUUAAGACAGACUUAGGGGUGGAGGGGCAUAUAACUAUCCCCUUAAUCUUUUCUACAUUUUAUUUAAGACAACAUUUGUGAUAUUUUGGGUACAAAGUGCUGAAUAAUUAGGUGCUUCAUGGUUGCCAUGGUGAUGGCUGUUUGUCUUAGAAGAACACCUGAUUUUUUUUUAUAUUCUUUGCUUUGAUAAAUCUCCCCAAUAGUGAGAAGUAAAAUAUACCUAUGCACCAUCCCAAAAAGGAAGAAUGCCACAACUAAAGGUCCUAAAAUACUGAUAAUGGUUGAGAUAAGACAAGCUUAAAACAAGUAGUUAAAACACUCUCAGCCUCAGUGUAGUUACAGUGUUUAUCACAUAACUCCCCCGCCACUUUAUACUUAGAGAGGUACACUUCUGUAACACCCACCUCCGAUCUGCCCGUGCUCCUCAUUAAUUUGCCCUGCUUUGGGAAGGUUCCUCAAGCAGGGAACAUCUGCUCCAUGACACCAUUCAUCUGCUUGUACACUGUUACUCCGUUACUAUACUCCAUAGCCAGCGUCAACCAGGGAGCAUGCGCUGUGGUUGCUAUGGGUGGAGCGCAGAAAGACCUCCAGUGGGAGUGGUCCCCUCUGCGUUCUCUGCCAAUCAUUCUUUGGCAUAGUCUAUUAAACCUAUUUAAAAAUAGCAUUAGUUGUUUGGGGGUGACAGGUUCCCUGUAAGAGACUGAUUAAGUCUUAGAUCCAGGAUUUUAACCCCUUAAGGACACAAUUUCUGAAAUAAAAGGUAAUCAUGAUGGAAUAUUUCCGUCAUGUGUCCUUAAGGGGUUAAUCUCUGUAACUCAUACUUGGAACAUUCAUCAUUAAGACAAACAUACAGUGCACUUGUUCUGUUUAAGACUGCACAGUUAAACCCAUACUAUUGCCAUAGCAGAACGACUGUAUGAGUGCAGAGCAUCACUAAGUACUGCAGAGAUUGUGUUCAUAAAGAUUAUAAUGCAACAAUUAUAUAAUACAGGCGUUUCUAGUGGCGUUCACAUCCGACAUUCUGCCCCGUGCUUAUUACCAGUACAAGAUGAAUGGAAAUUUAACUGGAUACAUCAACUUUACUUUGGCUAACGCUCCUGAGGUGUAUGCGAAGGACCAUUCCCCCUGCAGGUAAGUGAUUCCUCUCCCCAAACUAGAAAUAACAGAGCUUUGAAAUCUUAAAACAAGUCUUUAUUUAAAAGUAUAUUGGACUCUGUUGCCAGAGAUACAUUUGUUUACUGGUAGCUGAAUAGCGAUAAUCCUAUUAAAAGGAGACUAUAAACACUGUUACUUAUUGUAGUGGUUAUAGUGAAAGGAGUCAUUGGGUGCAGUCCCUCCAAAUUUUGUCAAGCCACUUAAGUGGGGCUGAAGUGGUCUGGAUGACUAUAGUGUCCCUUUAGUGUUGGAUACUGAGGAAUUACUGUGAAUACCAUGUUUUACUCCAAGUUUGUGAUCACCUUUUCAGGUAUCAAGGAUUCAGAGACUCGGAGGGGAAUCUGUCCUUUGAUUUUUGGGUACUCAUGGUGAUACGGCUAGCUUUUGUUAUUGUGUUUGAGGUAAGUCUCUAUUCCUUCAUGUACCUCACUCAUCACUGUUUGUCUUUGUUAUUUCCCACCAGAUUUAAGUGAUUGUAUGGAUGUUUUUAUACAUGUGUAACAAGUCUAAAUCUUUCAUCCAAAUUCAGAAUGACACUCUGUUAUCCUCUAGAACAGGGUUUACCAACCCAGUCCACAAGUACCCCCUAACAGUGCAGGAUUUAAGGAUUACCCUGUUGUGUCUAAAGUGUUGUAUUUUCUUUCUUUCUAAAAACACCUUAGACACAAUUGGGUAAUCCCUAAAUCCUGGACUGUUGGGGGGUACAUGAGGACUGGGUUGGGAACCACUGCUCUAGAAUGUAAGCUCGUUUGAGCAGAGCCCUCAACACCCUCUGUUUCUGUGCGUCCAACUUGUCUUGCUUCAAAUACUUGUUUGUUAGUCCACCUAUUGUACACUAAUGCAGAAUUUGUUGGCACUUUAUAAACAUUAAUAAUUAUGGUAGAUAUCAGAUGAUGUACUUACACCUUCCCAGGGUAAGUAGUCAAAACAUUUGUGAGAAUGGUUUGACAACUUACAUGAGGUGUGGCGGGCUCCUGCAGUUGUACGCAAUGUAUUGAGCUAAGCUUGGCAGUGCAGGGAGGUGCUCAUUGGGUGAUGUAAUUUAGCUGAUGUUCUCGGCCAAUGAGCCAUCUCUGGAAGGUUUAGCUCGGUAGAGCUAAUAGAAGCUCUUGGGAGGAGGUUGGGUGUCCUGCAAACCUCAUGCAAGUGGUCAAACUGUUCUCAAAUGGUUUAACUGCUUAUCCUAACAGUGUGGGGCAAUCCUGGCCCCAUACCCUCAUGGAGCUAGGUAUUUAGGACACCCUCCUUUGGUGGUUUUCAUGUGAAGUGCACUUAUUUAUUAACCAGUAUUAUAGGGCCAAUACGUAACCCUAUAAGACCCCAGAAGGGCAGAGCUGCUUUAAAGUUAAACUGAACUUGUUUUGUGCUGGCAAAGACCUCAAUUGGUGACUGCUCCGGCUUGUAUUUUGAGGUCAUGGGGGGCUGGGCGAGGUAGUUUUACUUCCCUGAAUCUGUUUCUUUUGUCAAGUGUAGGAAAAAUACACAAGACAUUGCAGUCCUUACUUUGACUUGUAAUAUAUUUUGACUGGGUUGAAAUUUCUGUGAAAUUUCUACACAAUCUUUAUGAGCAUUUCAUAAAGAGGUUUUUUGCAACAAAAUGCUCAUUAUGGGGGAGGGAAGGGCAGAGUCGUUUUAAAUGUCUAGAUUUUAAGCAGACAGGCAGAACAAACAGCUUCACUUGCACAAUAUGGCCCAUAACAGCAAUAAGAUCCUUGCUCUCUCAGCAAUUUAUACUUUUCUGCAGAAAAGUGCUCUUUGCAACUGGAAUCAGAGCAAACGCACAACUUUUCUUACAGCGUCUGGUCCUCUUGGCUGUGUUAAUCUACAUGACCUCUUUUUAAGCCCUGUAGGGAUGCCGGGAUGAGCUAUACCUGCGGUUUAAUUAGCCUGUUCAGAACUUCAUAUGGCUAGAUCAGAAUUCUAGAAUGCAGCUCUUUAAAUUACAGCAGCCUCCCCGUUUGGGAGGAAGCAAUUUUUCUAUCUUUGCAGAGUAUAACCUGGCAGCUUUGUAUAGGUAUGUUACAGACUGCAUUUCACGUUCCCCCAAGUACACUUAGCCAGUGUUGGGUCAGUCAUUCACAUGAUGCCUGCAUAUCCUAUACAUCUGCCUCUAGAAUUCCUUCCCAUCAUUUAAAUGGAACACCCGUAACUUUUCAUGUUCAAGCAUGGUUGAUAGUAAGAAGAUUUCUCCAUGUUAUUCCUAUGAUAAAAUACUAUCUACUGAACAUCAUGGACCAGGACACCCCAACCAACCAUAAUCCUUACACUGACCUAAUGACAGCAAUAGCCUUACACCCGCUCCAUUAAAGUGCUGAUGUCUCUUCCCAAGUUUGAUCUUAAUCACUUUGUAGAUCAAUGCUGUCCAAAGUCUUUAAUAAGAUGGGACCGAUGUUUGUUUUUUUCUGUUUGUUUUUUUGUUUUUGUUUUGUUUUUUUGGGGGGGGGGUGAAUGCAGGGGGGAAUCAACAAGCUUGGGAAGAGGGGUGUGUCAAGUAAGACUAAUACCUAAAAUAUAGUAAUUGUUUAAUGUGCUAAACACAAACAGGACGUGGAAUGCAGCCUUCCGAUCCUUAAGGUAGUACAAUUUUUGGCCAAGUUAUUUAGGGGCACUAUGCAGUGAUUAGGGGUCUGGGAAGUACUUGAAACAAUGGUAACAGUGAGCACUCAAACAAAGUGUGAACAAUAAGUAUCUUAAUUUGUUCCUAACCCAGAGCCAGCAAUUGAGGGGUGAAUAUAUUCACAUAGAAAUCUUUAUCCUAUACUUGCUCACCCCAAGCAUUGUCUUUUUAGUAUUUUCCCGACUUGUGUAAUGGAUGAUAUACACAUUAUAUAUUUGUUAUAAAAAAUAUGUCCAGUGUAAAUAUUUUUAGCUUUUUUUUUGCCAUAUAAAUAUGUGAAAUGAACUCCUUUGAGCGAGACACACCACUAUUAAUUUUAGUUUGAUGGGGUCCUCCUUUUAUAUUUUAAGCAUUACUGUAAUAAUUCAACUCUGUUAAUAAAUGGCUAGCCAAUUAUUAUUAUAAUUUUAUUUUUUUAUGCCCACGGGCCAUGGCUCUGCAUGCAUUUUUGUUUUCUAUUUUUAUGUUGCAAGGGAUAAAUAAUAUAGUGUGGAGCUCAGUUAUUGAUGUUUUCUGUCUGGAAAAUUCUAUUUCAGAAGCUUAAUACAAAGUACCAACACACAGGUAACUACAAUGCAAAAAAAAGAGAAAAACAUAGGGCAAUAUUGCCAUAUCUAAAACAUAAUGUAAAUGGGUAAAUUGCACACUCACAAACCCAAAUUGAUUGAAGGCAUAUCAAAUAAUAUGAAGAAUAUCCUCGUAUUCAGAUUCCAGCAUAUAGGAGAGAAGAAUAAGGAAUAAUAGUACAGAGUUUCUAAAACAACAUAAAUUUUUAAUAAAUAUUGCACUUUUAGAGACUUGUUAUAACUAUUUUCCCCCUGAGGAAGUUCAGUUAUCUGAACGAAACGCGUAGGGCCUGUUUUUUAGUGUUAGUUUCUUUUAUUUUGUUUCUACUGUCUUUUUUUUUUAUCUUGAUGCUGCUGAAGGACCCCACCAGACUACGUUAUUGUUGAAGGUGUUCCUGUUUGCUGCUACCGUGAUUACUAUUUGUGAUGUGCCUAUUAUACACUUCCAUCUUGUAAGUGCAAUAUUUAUGAAUAAUUAAUUCCAUCUUUGCUUGCCUACUGCUACCCCUAGUGUCACUGCAGUGCAAAGGGCCAUGGCAUAUCAUCUUGCUACCCCUUGGGUCACUGCAGUUCAGAAACCUUGGUCACUAAAGGGGUUUCUCCAGGGGGUCACCUUUGCGCAGGGCUGUGUACUGGAGACUUCCCAAGGGAGAGAGGCUGAUUUCUCCAGGGGCCAGAGGAACCAAUCCUUAGGUAAGCCAUAAAAUAAAAAGUAUUUAUUAAUUCCAAGACUAAGAUGUCCUAUAGGGAUAGGACAGAAACAAAAAGGCUGAGGGAGGAGGGGAUAGGAGGUGGUACUUAUACCUUUAAUUUAAUUAGUUCCUGUCUAAUUAGGGAUAGAGAGGAGCUACCCAUUGUUGUGCUGCCAUUGAUAUGGCCAGAAAAUGUGACUUUAUUUUUUAUAAUUUAUUCUUGGUGUGUCGUUGCGUCACGUUUUACAUAUCAGAAUAACAAUACGCAAUACAUGCAUUAUUAACAUGGAUAUAAAUGCAGUGGUCAUAAUCUGCUCUACAGUAGUUGGUUACCCUGCUCCUGAGGUUGCUUGCGUACUGCCAACAGCAAAAUUUUGUUAACCUAUAAACUUAGCAACGUUAAUUAACAGUUACCAGGAGUGGUUGUGUUUUCAGGCAUAGCCUCUGUUGGAUCACGGCUAUAUCAUUAUACGUGUAGUUGCGUACGUGGUUCUAUGUUGCUCUCUCUGGUAUAAGUGAACUCAUCGAUGUAUACACACACACAGUUAAACUCACAGAGAUACACAAAGAAAAUACGUAUUUUUAGCCACACCCCUGUUUCCAUAACAUUUAAGUACACCAGGGUGGUUUCCAUGGGGUCUUUGAGGGCAGUCUGCAGCUAGUGACAGUAAGUUGGGUCUGGCUGCGGUUGAUGGGAAUAGACUGCUGCUGGCCCAGGCUCCAUCUUCCCACCCCUACCCCCUUCUUUUUGCUUUUGGCACUGGGAUCAAGUGAAGUGUAAUACCGUCUUCCUGGUGCAGCGAUUGUGUGGGUGAACGGUAACUGACAGGAGGCUAAAACUUGGGACUGUCCUGGCAAAAACUGGACUAUUGGCAACUCGUCCUUCCUACCCUCAAUGUCCUAUCUUUUUAUUUUCUUAAUUUCCUCAUUUCCAUUUUUAAAUCUACUGUUCUAAAAGCACAAUUAAUUUCAUCAAACCUCUUCUUCUUACCCACCGUACAGCACGUGGUAUUUUUCCUUGGUCGAAUGAUUGAUUUUCUAGUUCCUGAUGUGCCCGAGUCAGUUGAGAUCAAGCUGAAAAGGGAGCGUUUCCUUGCAAAGCAGGCAUUGGCAGAGAAUGAGGUAUUGAUAUGGUUGGUGGUGGUUUCACAUAGAUAAACUGUGUAUAUGAUCUUUUAUUUAUUAACACUGCUCUGUAAGGUCACAAUUGGCCAAAAAUAAAAUUUAAAAAAUGACUUCCACAGUAGAAAGCUAACAGUUGAACUACAAGUCCCAGAAACCCUUAAUAUGUAAAUAAAGAUCUGCUUUGGGGAUAAGCUCAAUAAUGUUGACUUUCAUUUAGAGAAAUUUUGUAUGUACCAUGACCGGUAUAACUUAAAUGAAUAUUGCAGGCACUGUAACUGCCUUAUCUCAAUGAAGUGGUUAUUGUGUCCAGAGUCCCCUGCUGCUGUAAUUCCGUUCGGUGCUAUACCAUUUUUAAUGUUUUAAUACUAAAAUGAGAGUCCCCAGUAGCCCAUCCCUAGUGUACUGCUUAGUCUAAUGAGGAAGUGUUAGCCUGAGCAGCAAUAAAUGGCUGGGAUAGGCUGAAAGCAGUCAGCUGACACUUUCAGCCAAUCACAGUGCCAUUUCCUGGUAUAGAUGGGCAUGACUAGAAGGAAGAGUGUAAUCUCUAUCUUAGCCAUACCUCCACUAGAGGUCGGGUUGUGGAUAAUCAGAGACCUGUAUUCAUUUUUUAAUUGCUUGAAAAUGGCUCACCCCUGACUUCAGCGACAUUGCUAGGGGAUUACAGUUACUAUAAAUGAAAGCUGGUUGUAUGUUAAUUCACAUAACCUACACAAAAAGAUUCUAGUGACGAAUCUUCCAAAGUCGUCCAUAGAAGUUUAACAGCAAUUCCUAGUCUCCUCACUUUUUUGGGCAGGAGUUGAGAUGAAAGAUAGUGGCACUAAAGACAGCAGUUCAAAUAUGGAAGUGUAAUUAAAUUGACAAUGUAGGUUUGUGAAUCUUUGCAUAGUGAACAUAAGAAAAAAAGGAAUAAAGACAUACUUGAAGUAGAUUAUUGAAUAAUUACUCCAACCACCAUGACCACUUCUGCUUUUAAAUCUAGUGACUGGCAUGUGAUGUAAUGAGCUUCUCUUUUGCAGGCAGCACUGGGAGUACACCUGCAAGGGGAAGCUAGCUUAUAUAUCACCUCCUUUUUCAUUUCAUUUGAGCCCUACCCAAAAUCGCUCUAGUCUCCAGUAGGAGGUUGUUGUAUAGGUUUGCAUUGUCCUCCAUCCCCUCCCAAGCUCAGAGUGCACACAUGCUCUCUGACUGAAACGGUCAAUCAAAUGCUUCUCUGUCAGAAGCAUUUGAGUGGACCUUGUGAAAGAAGUAAUUUCAUAGAAUAGGGUAGCUGAGAGUUUCACCUGGUGCUGGGUUUCAGGUAAAUCUAUGCUUUAUUUUACAGAUUUAUUUUAACAUUAAGCAAAUAAUGUUUAAAGUGAAUAAUGCUCAAUAAAGCAUUCAAAUGGCAGGGGGAGGGGGGUUAUUAAAAAAAAUAAAAAUAAAAAGGUAGCACUUUACUUUCAUUUUAGUCUUACCAUAUUUCCAUUUGCUCUGCAGUUUUUGGCUUGGACACUGGACACUGAAUGUGUGAUAGAGAGGACUUCACCAGAUAUGGAACAUGAAGGUUCCAAUCUAAGCAUCGUGGUUUCGAAUGAAGAUUGACACUAAAACUGAUCAUCAGAUCUAUGCUUGAAGCGACACAUUGCAUGAGGAUAUUGGCCCCAACUACCAUUAAGAAAACUUGUGUACCCAGAUAUCAAUUGGCUUUUCUUUCUCCAGUACUUACAUUUUUAGCUGAGAUCCUUCAAAGCCAUUAUUGAGUUGAACAGUUUUUUUUUAUUUAAAGAAUUCUGUAAUUGUUGACACAUAUAAUAUAAAAACUAUAUUUACACUGUAUAUUUAAUCCCAC